AUGUCUGAUACGCACGUGUUUGAAGAUAUCCCGCUGUCGAGAGAGCAGGUUGUCAAUUGCUCCUUUUCCAACUGGUAUUGGAGGUAUAAGAGCCAUGUUCCGAAGAGUCGUGUUAUCAAGCCGUUACCACAGAGCUUUAUGGAGUACCUGGGAGCUGACGGGAUAGUUCUGCCUGAAGAUGGCCACUACGAGGUUGAGAUGGGCGAUGGUGACGGUGAGUAUAGCGACUGGUCUGACGAGGACGGCGCUGAUAAAACUGAUGCCUCCAAGGACCAACAGAAGGUCUUCGCACAGUUCCAGGAUGUCCAUGACCAGAUCAAACAGACCAUCAAGGAGUGGGGAGCUGUCACGCCAAAGCUCAACUGGAGUGCCCCCAGAGAUGCCACCUGGAUCCUGCCCUCAAACACGAUGAAGUGCACCAACGCAAGUGACGUCUACCUCUUGCUGAAUGCCUCCAACUACGUGAUGCACGACCUUGCUCAUGCCUUUGAUGAUGUGACCACCAAGGAGGGCGACGAGAUCAAGGAGACACAGACCGAAUUCGAGCUGGUGCUGAGGAAAUGGGUGAACAUCAACCCUGCGCUGGAGUUCAGGGUAUUCGUGAAGCAGAAUGAGAUAGUUGGCAUAUCGCAGAGAGACUUGAACUACUACGACUUCUUGAAACCUUUGGAGUCAACGAUACGGGAACUGGUCGAGACGUUCUUUGACGAGGUACUUAGAGAAACGUUCCCAGAUGACGACUACGUGUUUGACGUGUAUCUCCCUCGUCCUUUUGACAAGACUUUCCUCAUCGACAUCAAUCCAUUUGCGAGGGUUACUGACUCGCAGCUGUUCACGUGGCAUGAACUGUCUCAAUUGACACCACAGGAUGACUAUGAACUGAGGCUAGUAACGGAGGUGAACAAGGGAAGGUUCGCGGUCAAAGAACAUACAGAGAACCAGGUUCCAAAGGACGUUGUUGAUGCAAGCUUAGACUCCAAUGCUAUGGCUGAGUUGGCCAAGCAAUGGCAGGAAUUACAAAUGAAGGCAGAGAAGUAG